ACGUCUAGUGAGAGAUCAACAUGGCAGAAGAAGCUCCAGCAGCACCAGCAGCAGCCCCGGUGGUGAAAACCCCGAAGAAGAAAUCGGCUUCCAAGCCGAAGCCGAAGUCUGAUGGACCCUCCCUCCCGACGCUCAUCAUCAGCGCUGUGGCUGAGUCCAAAGAGCGCAAAGGUGUGUCCUUAUCGGCCGUGAAGAAGGUACUGGCUGCUAAGGGUGUGGAUGUGGUCAAGGCUAACAAACGCAUCAACGCCGCCGUGGUGAAGCUGGUAACAACGGGAACUUUGACCCAGACUAAAGGCAGUGGUGCCUCCGGAUCUUUCAAGCUCGCAAAGAAAGAGCCCGCAGCCGCCAAACCUGCAGCGAAGAAGGUCGCAAAGAAAGCUCCAGCCAAGGCAAAGAAGCCCGCUGCAAAGAAAGCUACACCCAAGAAGAAGACUCCAGUCAAGAAAGUAGCAGUCAAGAAGUCCCCGAAGAAGGUAGCAGCCAAGAAAGUUCCACUUAAGAAGGUAACCAAAAAGCCUGCUGCAAGUCCCAAGAAGGCUGCUCCCAAGAAAGUGGUGAAGAAGACUCCAGUCAAGAAAACUCCACUUAAGAAAACAGCAGCAAAGAAGACUGCAGCCAAGAAGGCCAAGAAGUAAAUUCACACCAGCAUUCAAUGCAUCAAAGGCUCUUUUAAGAGCCACCACAACUUCCACUAAAGAGUCUGUCCUCUAUGAUAUUAUUUAGAAUCAUGUAAUCUAUGUUUAUAAUCACCUCUCAAUGUUGAAUGUGGUCACAUCCAUGUGUGCAACUAAGAUGAAUAGGAAGUCCGAGGUAGUGAAUCAGAAUAUGAACUAAUCCUUAUUUCAGGCUAGGCUACAUCUUCACAACCAGAAAUGAAACCAGAAUUUAGACAAGCAAAGAAAAAUAGUAAUUAAGGACAGAGACAGAUUUAC